AUGAAUACUGGUAAAAACCGUGUUGAUGGCCAUGAUAAAGAUGAAAGUGAAAAGCAAUACGAUAAUGAUCCUGAUUUGGAUCAAUCCGAAGACGAACAAGAAGGUGAUGAUGAUGAUGGAAUGAGUGAUAUUUCUACUACAUCUUCAAAUGUCACAAAUAUUUCCGGUAAUUUUAAACACCGUCGCAAUUUUGCUCAAAAAUUCGUACAAGUAACAUUAUGUAGUGAUUCAGAAGAUUCAUUAUCUAACGCCAUAAAAGAAUUACAAAGUUAUAGUUUAUACAAUCAAUCAUGGACGUUAACACAAGAUGAAAUUACAUACAUUUUGAAACAACCACAACCAGGCAAACCUUCACAAAACAAUACUAAAGUUCGUGACCAAUGUUUUCAGAUUAAAUAUUAUCUCAAUGAUCUUGUGCAGUCUAGGGCGAAUUCUAUCGUACAUAUCUUUUUAAAUUACAAAAAUGGUGUAUGGCGUGUGAAAGUGAGAGGAUUCAAGGAUCACGUAAAUAAUGCUGUGUCCAAAAUAAAAAAUUACCUGAAUGAUUUUGUUGAAACAGAAGUACAACUUCCUAUUUCAAAAGCUAUGACAAUUUUUCUCCGAAAAAAAGUUUCGUCUGAUGUCAGAAAACUGGAAAAAACUCAUUGUAUAAAAAUAACAACUUUUUCGCCACCUAUUCGCAAACAUGUGAAUGACGAAGAAGAUGGUGAUAAUGAUUGCUUAAAACUCACUGGUUCUAAUUCACGUAUUCAUUCGGCACAAUCAAGUGUUGAAAAUUUUCUCGAAAGUUUAGCCGAACAAGAAAAACAAUUUCCUUGCCACAGUUGGGAUAUUUCAAAUAAUAUUUCCAAAAUUAUUCGCACACGUCUGAGACAAAUGGAAGACUCAGAUGAUUGUGAAGCAAUAGGAUGGGUUUUACGCUAUACAGCAACUGAAAGAAGAGAUACUACACCAAAAGUUGCUAUUUCAAUAGUUGGUCGGAAUGAAGAAGCAGUUGAUGACGUAGCUGAACAAUGCCAAGAUAUUGCAGAAGGAUAUAUUAUUUGGAAACCAUCUGCAAAUCAGUAUCGCAACAUAUCUAGUGUGCUAUGGGGAAAAGGGGGACCGUCUAUCGAUGAAUUUCGACAACAAUGGAAAACUGACAUACGAUUUGAUCGAGAUACAAGUACUAUAACUAUACCUGCACGAUCGAAAAUGAUUGCAGAUGAUAUCAAAGAAGCUCUACUAAAUUUGGGAGAAGAAAAGAAAACUCGGAUAAAUCGUAUCUCUGAAUUCAUUCCUAUUCAAUUAAAUAUUCGUCGUUUUGUAAAUCAAGCUAUUGGUUCCUUGCUCGAUGAAGCAAAGUCUCAAAAAAUUUUUGUGGAAUCUAAAAAUUCUAAUGGAUUGACACUCCAUGGUCAAUCUAAUAUUGUUACUGAACUCAAACAAAAGAUCAAUUCUAUUAUCGAUGACAUUGAACAAAAAAUCAUUACGCGUCCUUUGAAAUUAUCAUCGAUCGAGUCAGAUUUAAUGCGAACCAAUUCAUAUAAUUUAGCAAAGCGUAUUGAACGAGAAACGAAUACUAUUAUUCGAAAUGUUGAAGCAGACAAGACUAGUCUUAAAUUAAUGAUUAAUUAUGAUGAUAUUAGCUCGACUAUAAUUGCUGUUGUAAAUGAUCGUGGCCAAACAAUUAUCGUAGAGAAAGGUGAUAUUACGAAGGCAAAAAAUGUCGAUGCUAUUGUAAAUGCCGCAAAUGGGUCAUUAUAUCAUGCGGGCGGUAUAGAUAAAGCAAUUGCUGACGCCGCUGGUCCUGUAUUUGAUCAAGAAUGUAAACAACUCAUUGUUAAGAAUGGAGAUUUACCUAUUCCUGCUGGUAAAGCAGUCAAGACAACAGCUGGUAAUCUUCCUUUCAAAUGUGUUAUUCAUGCAAUUGGUCCUCAAUAUACUGGUGGUAAUCAACAAGAGCAGCCAUUAUUAUUCUUCAGUGUUUUAUCAAGUUUGCAACUUGCAGAAGAGGAAAACUAUACAAGUGUUGCUUUACCAGCCAUUAGUUCUAAAACCUAUGGUUUUCCAUUAGCAGAUUGUACGAAUAUUAUGGUUCGUGCAGUAAAACAAUUUUUUGCUGAUUAUCCACAAUCAAAAGUAAAAAAAGUUAUUCUACUAGACUUGAAUGAUGCAGCUUGUAAUUCAUUUGCACGUGAAGUUGCCAUCGAUCAUAGCAAUGCAGUUUUAGACAAUGAAGAUGAUAUUAUGAACUAUGAGCUGCCUCCGUUGACAGCUAAAUGGUGUUGGCAAGACGAUCAUGAUGAAAAAAUAAAUAAUGACAGUGAUAUACGUAAAAUCGAAAGUGCAUUUCAACAAUAUUUAAAAACUUCAAUUUCACCAGAAUUGGAAAUUGCUCCUGAUAAUUUAAAAAGUGGUACUAUUGUUAAUUAUAGUAUCCAUUUUCGUCCUGAUUUGAAGCAAUUAUUGACAAAGAAUCCAAGUGCACUCAAUAGUCGACUCGUAUGUGGAUAUCAAAUGAGAAAAGAUACUGACUAUACAAGGAAUAUUAUUCGCUAUCCAGUAGUAGUACAACAACAGAACCAAGUAAAAUCUGUUAAUUAUCGUCCGAAACCAUUAGAUUCAUAUCACCUACAACUAGUAAUGACAGAAGAAUAUUGGAAUAUAACUGGUAUUACAGAUACAGCAGUAGAACAAGCACAAGAAGCAAUUAGAGCAGCCAUUCAUUCUGCCACUAUUUCAGAAUCUUUCUCCAUAAAUCUGACUAAAGAUCUUGAUUAUCAUAAGAAAGAACUGAUCAAAAUUGCGACACAACAGUUAAUUCAAAUUAAUUUUCAAGAAGAAUGUUCAGAACAACUAUCGAUGAUAUUAAAAGGUUUCAAAGCAAAUGUAUCAGAAGCAAAAUUAAAAAUUGCCUUAUACGCUCAAGAUAUCUUGAAAAUGCAAGUAGAAAACGAUGAUGAAUUGCGCAUACCUAAAGAAUGGGGUGAUCAAAGAGAAGGACGUAAAUUACUUGAAAUUCCUAAGAAUGAUCCUACUUUUGCUCGUAUUGAAAACCGUAUGAAAGAAACUAUGAAUAAGGUGAAAAUUGAUAAAAUUGAACGAGUACAAAAUAUACGCAUGUGGAAUCAUUAUGCAUUUCAUCGUCGAGAACUUAAAAAAGAACUGUGUCUUAUGCCUAAUUUACAAAUUGAAAUGGAACUAUUUCAUGGAACGAGAAGUACACUACCCAGUGAAAUUUACAAUGGUGAAUACGGUUUUGAUAUGACAUUUAGUACAAGUGGUAUGUGGGGUCUUGGUACAUAUUUUGCUAAAAAUGCUUCAUAUUCUAGUCGCAACUAUGCUUACCAAUUACCGAAUGGGAAACGUCAAGUAUUUUUAGCUCAAGUUUUGACAGGAGACGUAUAUGAUUGUAAUAGUGAUUCAUCCUUGCGUCGACCUCCAAAGAAAAAUGAGACAAUAUCUGGUCUACGAUAUAAUAGUGUGUCAGGAGAUACAGGAGACAGUAAAGUUUAUAUUGUGUACGAAAAUCGAGUGGCUUAUCCAACCUAUUUGAUUACUUUUACUUCAUAA